CAACUUGAUAAGCAACCAAUUAUCACCCAUUAUGAAUGAUAUUAUCUCUAACAGUUUUAAUAUAAAUAUCAGCAAUGUUUGGUAACAAAUCAUUAAGUAUUUCGUUGUGAAUCAUGGACUACAAAGCCGGACUCCUGGUGUUCACCACCCUCCUGGUCGGUAGCCUUGCACUGCCAAGGCCCAAAGAUGACGUGUCCGUCUUCUUCCAGUACAAUGCCAAUGGUCGUAUCGUUGGAGGUACUGAGGCGGCAGUCGGCAGCCACCCUCACAUGGUGGUCCUCUCCUCCGGUCUACUCGUACGAAGCUUCUUCUGCGGAGGUUCUCUGAUAGCCCCACGUACCGUCCUCACCGCAGCUCAUUGUAUUGGCACCGUCACCAUUCCCAUUAUUGGAACUCUGUCUAGGUCUCUUCGUGUGACUGUUGGUACCCACCGCCAUGACUCUGGUGGAACCACCUACAAGAUUGCUCGCCAUGCUUCCCACCCAGAUUACGACUGGUUUACCAUCAAGGAUGAUAUUGGAGUCCUCAUCACCGACACAGAAGUGGCUUACAGCAGCCUGGUGCAGCCUGUAGCAAUCACCUACGACUACAUUGACGGUGGAGUGCCAGCUAUAGUUGCUGGUUGGGGCAGAAUUUAUGACGGUGGUCCGGCCUCUGACGUACUCUUGGAACUGAGAACCACAACUAUUGACAGUAAAGACUGCGUGGAACUUGUGAAUCAAGCCGACAUUGAAUGGGAAUUUGAAAUGCAAACGGAUCCUCGCGCUGAAGUUUGCACUCUACAUGGCCCUGGAUUUGGCACCUGCAACGGUGACUCUGGCAGUGCUCUGCGUCGCAUUGAAGACGGGAAACAGUUCGGUAUCGUGUCCUGGGGCUUCCCAUGCGCUGUCGGUGCCCCUGAUGUGUUCGUCAGGAUCAGCACUUACGAGAGCUGGUUGAAAUCCGUGAUAGUUUAAAAACCAUCACAUAUCAAGUUUCACGUCACCAUCAACAAACGCUUUGUCCAUGGUAACAAUGUAAUAAAUUAACUUGAGAGCAAAA